AUGGUUGCCAUUGGUACGCUCAUCGCCUACUGGAUCGAUUAUGGAUGUCUCUACGGCCCCGAUGACUUCACCUGGAGAUUCCCCAUCGCUUUCCAGUGUGUGUUCGCAUUCAUCGUCAUUGCUUUGAUGGUUCAACUACCCGAAUCACCGCGAUGGCUCCUCACCCAUCACCGCGAGGAAGAAGCUGCGACAAUUCUUGCUGGUCUGAACGGUCUCCGUCGUGACGACCCCGAGGUCCUGCUUCAAAUGGGUGUUAUCAAGGCUGGCGGUGGCGGCAAGGUCCCUACCAAGCUUCUCUUCACCAACGGCAAGACCCAGUACUUCCGCCGCAUGAUCCUCGGAGCAUCUUCGCAAUUCAUGCAGCAGUUGUCGGGUUGCAACGCUGUCAUCUACUAUUUCCCCAUUCUUUGCCAGAACGCGCUCGGCACCGACCACAACCUCGCCCUUCUUUUGGGAGGUGUGAACAUGGUUGUCUACGCCAUCUUCGCGACUACAUCUUGGUUCGUCGUUGAGCGUGUCGGUCGCCGCAAGCUCUUUUUGAUCGGUACCGUUGGACAAUGCUUAGCCAUGGUUCUUACCUUCGCUUGCCUAAUUCCCCCGUCCGAAACUGGCGCUGCCAACGGUGCUGCUGUUGGUCUGUUCAUCUACAUUGCCUUUUUUGGCGCUACCUGGUUGCCACUCCCCUGGUUGUACCCUGCCGAGAUCAAUCCUCUCAAGACUCGUGCGAAGGCGAACGCUUUCAGCACGAUCAACAACUGGCUCUGGAACUUCUUCAUUGUCAUGAUCACACCGGUUCUGAUCGAUAGCAUUGGAUGGGGAACUUACCUUUUCUUCGCCGCACUCAACGCCUGCUUCUUCCCAGUCAUUUACUUCUUCUACCCGGAGACUUCCGGCCGUUCUCUCGAGGAGAUUGAUCUCAUCUUCGCCAAGGGUUUCAUCGAGAACAAGAGCUACGUGCUAGCAGCUAAGGAGCUUCCUAUGCUCGAGGAGGCCGAAAUCGCGCAAUACUCUCGUGAGCUCGGUGUCGACAUGCACGACGAGGAGGCUGUUUCAUCCGAUGGCUCGAUCAAGGAGAAGAACCGUCGUCAGGAGGACCUCCUGCCCCAGCAGCCCGCCCAGGUUUAA